AUGAAAUCUCUUGGUGAAAGAGAUUAUGCAGCUCAAGAGACAAUGCAUCAUUUGUUGUCUUUAAAACUUCACAGCUCAUCCUUUACAGUGAUGCCAGUUAGUCUAAAUGGUUCACGUAGAGUGCGUGAUACUGCAAGUAUUGAUGAGGGUGAAUCGUGCACUGAUUAUUCACUUCUUGAUGUGUAUGCUAAUCGUGAACAAUAUGAGAGUUCACAGAAUUCAAAUUUUGGCCUAUAUUGUAAGUAUCAACUUUUGAGGUAUAAACCGUGGAGAACAACCCAAAAUAAUGCAUGGGGUGACCAGGAACCAACUGACAAGGUUCUGAUCAAUUGUUGGCAUGAAUUUUUACAAACACCUUAUGGACAAUCUAUAGUCCCAGACUGGUUUGAUAAAUUACCAACUGUUACUCAAAGUCAAGAACCAGAAAAUGAACCUUCUGAAGAACAGGAGACAACUCGAGAAGAGUAGAUGAUAUUGUCAGACCUCAAGUCUCAUGUCUCAUUAUAAAUGGUGUUGCAGGAACUGGUAAAAGUUACCUUAUUAAUGCUAUUAGAAAUCUUUUGCGAAGUAAAUGUGCUAUUGCUGCUACCACAGGUAAAGCAGCUUUUAAUAUUAGAGGUGUAACUGUGCAUUCUCUGUUAAAGUUACCUAUAGGAUCAAGAGGUAAUAAAGAUCUAACAGGACAAAGCUUGUGUAGGUUCCAAGAGAGUGUUAAUAACAUUGGAUACAUCAUUAUUGAUGAAUACUCUAUGCUUGGCCAAGUUACUUUUGGUAGGAUAGACAAGCGUUGCAAGCAAGCAACUGGUUAUAAUGACAAGGUAUUUGGAGGAAAAUCAUUGACUUUAACUGGUUAUCCAGGUCAAUUGCCACCAGUAGCAGAUAAACCUCUUUACCAUGCUAGACCAUCAAAUGCUGUUGGUGAACAAGGUCAUCAAGCAUAUCAUAUGUUUGACAAAGUUGCUAAACUCACUGUAAAUCAACGUGUGCAAGGUAUGACGUCUGAGCAAAUACAGUUCAGAGAUUUGUUAUUACGACUUCGCAAAAGGGACUCAACAGUAGAUGACUGGAAGUUACUUCUGACACGUCAACCAUCAAAUGUCAUUAAUUUAUGUGAUUUUGAAGAUUCUACUAGACUCUUUUAUAGUAAUGAACAAGUUGGUAAUUACAACCAUGACCAGCUAACAAAACUUGAGCAUCCAAUUGCUCAUAUUAAUGCUCGCCAUUCAUCAGCAUUGGCCAAAAAGAUAUCCUCACAUGAUAUGUCUGGGUUAGAACCUGUUGUGUUUCUAGCAAAAGGUGCUAGAGUCAUGUUAACCAUGAAUUUGUGGUCAAGUGUUAGCCUCUGCAAUGGGGCUACUGGAACAGUUGUUGAUAUUAUCUAUCAGAACAACCAUCAACCACCUGACUUGCCUAUUGCGGUAAUAGUAGAAUUUGAAAACUAUAAAGGGCCUGUUUUUGAUGAAAGCCGACCAUUGUGUAUCCCAAUAUGUCCAAUCACUGUCACAUCACAGACAGAAAUAGGUUUCCAUGAGAGGCAACAGUUACCUCUUAGGCUUGCUUGGGCUCUAACAAUACACAAGAGCCAAGGACUUACACUUCCAAAAGCAUGGACAGAUAUUGGCAAAUCUGAAAGAACUGCUGGAGUUUCUUAUGUUGCUAUUAGCAGAGUAAAAUCUCUUGCAUCUUGGGUCAUUGAACCAAUGACGUAUGAACGAUUAACAAGCUUGAAAUCAUCAGCUAACUUACAAUAUAGGCUUGACGAAGAAAACAGGCUAGAUCAGUUAGCACAGGCUACUAGCAGUGCAUUUAGAUCAACAAACUAUUGA